CGAUCGGUCGAUCGAUCGCCAUCAAUAAAUUUCAUUACAAACAAUAUUCAUUGAGCAGUGAUCGGUUCAAUACAGUUCCUAGGAUACUGUCUUACACCGAAAAGCUUUGAAAAUGUUCAAGUUCUUGACCAUUUUGGUACUUAUUUGUGCUACAACCAAAGCCACCAGUGCCUUAAACUGCAGCAAUUGCCUCGAUCCCUACUCCUGUCGGUCUAGCCCUGUGGCAACGGUCGAGUGUUCCGAGGAGAACGUAUCCCUUCACCACAGAUUGCUGGGAUACCCGAAUCCAAGCCUGACAGCGUCCUCAAGCGAUCCCGCCGGAUACAAGUGUUUCGAUGUUAAGCUGACCUACACCAGUGCGUUGACCGGAAGUAGCGUACUGGUCGAAGAGAAAGGAUGCACCUAUGCUGGAACAGAUUUGUGCAACGGAUGGAACACUGAUAUUACUCAGGUUACUCGCUGCAGCACUUGCGACUCUGGCGAUGAGUGCAAUAAGUGAAACUGCGUUGAUGGAAAGGUUGAUGGAAAAAAAAUCUGUAUCACCAAGUGCUUAUCAAUAAAGCGUCAUUAGAAUAUAGUCGAUUUUCCACAUCUCAGUGAAAACCGCUCUACUAUGCUUCACAGUGAGUGAAUAAACUACAUUUCAAUUUUUCUUAAAUCGAA